UAGAAACCCCCUCCCCCGAUUCUUGAAAAUGGCUCUCGAGUGGACAUUCGUCUACUACCUGCUCAUCACUGAAGUGGUCAUUUUUGCACUCUUGUGCAUUCCGCUGCCCAUUCGCUGGCGUCAGGCCAUCCUGUCUCGCAUUGCCAACUCCAAGACCUUGCUCAAGCUGUGGCCAUUGGCGUUGGUGGUCGUUGCCAUCCUCAGCUUUUUGUUCUUUGCCGCUUUGACCGAGGCUCGUGCCACCCACCGCGAGCACGAAGAGCACAAGCGCCACAACGGCUACCACCACAGCGGCGACAUGCAGACUGAAAUUCGCAUGUUCCGCGCGCAGCGCAACAUGUACAUUACCGGCUUUGCUCUGUUCCUCCUUGUUGUCUUGAACCGCUUCUACUCGCUCAUCACCGAACUUGUUCGUGCGGAUGUUCUCGCCAGUCAAGCGCGCAACCAGUCCGAGACGACUGUCAAGGCCCUUGGCGACGCUGACAAACUCAAGAAGGAGAAUGAGACUUUGACUCAGAAGCUCAAGGAAAGCGAAGAAGCCAAGAGGAAAGCCCUUGUCAACGUUGACAACCUUGUCGAACAAGCCAAGCGCAACCAAGCGGCGUUGGAUCGUCACUUUGAGGAGCGCCAGCAGGAGGCGCAGAGCUCCGCACCCGCUGAGCGCAAGAAGGACAAGUAAAACAAUGUUUGCCUGAUUGUUGUCGCACAGUCAAGCACCACUUUUUGGAAUGGCUGUGGCUGCUUGUGCCUUUAAAAAAAGUCGCACCUGAGAUCGGGAAUGAAAUUGCGCAUAUUCUCUGA